UCACACCUCAAUCUAUUUUGACAAGACAAAGUUGAGAGAAACUCAAUCCUCUGUAAUGUCCGACAAAGGGGAGAUCGAAUCUAAGCAUCCGCCGGAAUUGGAUCCGGCGACGGAGGAGAAGCCGGAGGCGGCGGUGGCGGAGGCGGCAGCUGCAAAAAGGAGGAGAAACCCAAGGCUUUAAAGGAGAGGAAGCCGCGGAAACCGAAAACUGCGACUCACCCUCCAUACUUUCUGAUGAUAAAGGAUGCCCUGUUGGCUCUGAACGAGAAGAGUGGAUCGAGCCCAUACGCCAUAGCCAAGUUCGUAGAGGAGAAACAAAAGUCCGUACUCAAGGCUAAUUUCCGAAAAACCCUAGCUUUGCAGCUGAAGAUCUUGGCCACGAAAGGCAAGCUCGUGAAGAUCAGAGCUUCUUACAAGCUUGCGUCAGAGACAACGAAGAAGCCGAGAUCCUCGACCAGGACGAGGACAAGGGCUCGAUCUUCUUCGACAUGGGCAAAGACGAUGCCCGUGAACAAGCACGAAGUCGCCACUAAGAAGAAGGUAAGCCGGACACGAAAGGCAAAGCCCAGACAACUCAAGUCCAUCAAGUCACCGGCUGCUAAGAAAGCCAUGAGAGCUUCUGCUUCUUCCUACAGAAGAAAAAGUUUUAGUUUCCUUUUGUCAGAUUCCAUCUUCUGUGUGAGCUUUGUCACUAUCUCUUCUUCAGCCGUUUUGGUUUGAGCGGGGUUAACUGAACCGCGCGGCUAUAUAAAGGGGGCGGAACGGAAUUAGUUACAGAGCAAAAUUCAGUCUUGUAGGAUCUUCUUCGCCGCGUCUCCUGUAAGUCCUCGAAACCCUAAAAAUUCUCGGAUCAAGGUCUUGAAGACGUCAUUGUUGUUCUUUUGAUCGGUGUUUUUCGCAGCUGCAAUGGCUCGUACCAAGCAAACCGCUCGUAAAUCCACCGGCGACAAGAGCCCGCGAAAGCAACUCGCGGCUGUGGCCUCUCUCUCUCUCUCUCUUCGUGAAUUUGUUUUGUUCGCUACAAAUUUCAAUUUCACAUUCAUGUUCUAGUGGGUUGCCGUCGUAUGAUUCCAUCGAUUAGGUUCAUACUCUUGUCAUUCCGAACCAUAAAAUCUCGAUGAUUUCUGGCUGCUACUUCCAAUUUUUUUUUUUUGUUCUUUGGAAUUCUGUAUAGUGAUCUGGAAAUUAGCAUUAAGUUACAUCAUGAACUCUAGAUCGUGGCGGGCGGUGUAUUGGUGAGGAUGAUUAUCUUUGUAGUUGGAGGUUUACUAGUGAUGACUUCCGAUUUGUAUUAUGAGACUUUUCAUUACAAUUGCGCUAUGUUUCUUGAAGAUUUGUUUGUGGGAAAGUUUCGUUCUGGAAUUUAUUAGGCUUUUGAAUCUGUAAUCACAAGUUGUUCGAGCUGGGGAAAAGUGUAUAAUCGGUUUCUCUUGUAUGAAAUGAAGGUUGCAAGGAGGGGUAAAACACUAACAGCAGGUGGAGUCAAGAGGCCUCGCCGUUACCGCCCCGGAACCGUGGCUCUCCGGUAAUGAAACUCUCUUUUCGCGUUUGAUUCCCUCCAUCAGAAUUCUGCUGAGAAAGAAGCAUCCAUUUCCUGACAGCGAAAUCCGAAAGUACCAAAAGGGCACGGAACUCUUGAUCCCGAAACUGCCCUUCCAACGUUUCGUCCGUGAGAUUUCUGAGUCAUUCAAAGUACCUACAUUCCAACGUUUUCGUUCUUCGAAUCAAACGGAGUUGAGGUUCCAGAGCCACGCUAUUCUUGCAAUCCAAGAAGCGGCGGAAGCCUACCUGAUUGGACUGUUUGAACUUUGAAGAUACCAAUCUCAUCGCAGUCCACGCCAGGAGGGUCACCAUCAUGGCUAAGGACGUUCAACUUGCCCGUCAUAUCCGAGGCGAAAGAGCUUAAUGAAUUCGAAACGCCUCUGCAGGUCCUCAAUCCUCGCUCUACACUUCCUUUUUUUGAUUCAUAUCUCCAUACCCUUAAUCUUCAAAACUGAGAAAAACUCUUUGACGUGGCUGUGUCUGUAUUGCCAUUGGGUGGUAGAUAGAUAGAUUCUGUAUUGCUUC